AUGGCUUACAACUUUAUAGGGUUGGGAUACGAGCCUUCCUCAAAUGGAUACUCACGCAUUGGAAAAGCCAAUUCAUGGCAAUGCGUUAACGCCAUCCAGACCCCAGAACCCCUGCCCCCAGGUCAGCUCAAGAACUGCUCUUGCUUAGAAUACCAGGAAACUCUCCACUCUUUAUGCAACCUUAAGGAACAGGCACGCCAAUGCAGGGGCCCAAAAAAUAAGACUUAUUGGACUGCAACACAAACAGGACACUUCCCAGGUACAUCGGGCCCAGGCCCUUCCUCACCUGCGUGUCCAAAUAAGGCAGGUAAAGAGGUCUGCUGGAACCUAAAGGCACCCAUACACAUCUCAGAUGGAGGAGGGGUCCAGGAUAUGACACGAAGGGAACAAGUCCAACAGAAACUCCAAGAAGUAAUAGACCACUACUUCCCAAAAGUCCAUUACCAUCCCCUGGCCCUGCCUGACCGGCGGGGCCCUCUACAACUAGACCCAGCAACAACAAACUUAAUACAGCUAACAUGGAACACCCUAAAUCAGUCCAGCCCCGAAUGGGCCCAAGAUUGCUGGAUAUGCCUAGCCGUAGGUACCCCUCGCCCGCUAGCUGUGCCGGCCAACCUCUCCCAACCGGUCAACACCUCCGUAGACCCAGCAGCGUGUAAAGUGACACCACCCUUGCGGGUACAACCGAUAGAAGCCUCAAUAGGAUACUGCCUACGAGGCCAAAUAACAGACAACGAGACAGCUCUAGACGUGGGGGUGGGAGACUUUGCCAGCUGCACCACAAUACAGAACAUCACCACCUCAAUAUGCGCCCCUCAUCCCCUGGUCUUUGUCUGUGGAGGAAACCUGGCCUAUACUUUCCUCCCUACAAACUGGACUGGAACCUGUGUACUCGCAGUCCUGCUCCCAGACAUCGACCUGAUAUCAGGAAAAGAACCAGUCCCCAUACCCACACUAGACCAUGUGGCUGGGAAAAAGAAGCGAGCCAUCCAAAUGGUACCCCUGCUGGUGGCACUGGGCUUAUCCACCAGCUUAGCGGCAGGGGCAGCAGGGGCAGCAGGGAUCGGCCUCUCACAGCACACAUACGCCAAGCUCUCCCAACAGAUCAUAUCAGAUGUCCAACAUGUGGCUGACACCAUGUUAGAACUUCAAGGGCAAAUAGAUUCUCUAGCAGAAGUUGUCCUCCAAAAUAGACGUGGGCUAGACCUCCUCACCGCCCGAGAGGGCGGCAUAUGCCUUUUCUUACAGGAAAGAUGCUGUUUCUAUGCCAACCGCUCCCGAAUAGUCCGGACUAAGAUUAAAGAACUACAGGAUGACCUGGAACAAAGGCGCAGACAGCUCCAGGAAAGCCCCUUCUGGACCGGACUCAAUGGUUUACUCCCAAACCUCUUGCCCUUUCUAGGCCCUAUACUCCUGCUGGUCAUAAGCCUCACCAUAGGCCCCUGCCUCCUCCAAUUUAUUUUUCGCAGAGUCCACGAAAUAGCGCAGGCCGCGACCGGACGGGCCAUGAUACUAACAGCUUACACUCAACUCAAUCAAGAAGACAUAGACCUACCUCACAACCCCACAUAA